GGCCACUACCUGGUCAUCAAGGUGCUGGUGGGCGCCUUGGGAGCUGACCCCACGCGCCGUGACCACAGCGGCCACCGGGCCUGUUACUACCUGCGGCCCGACGCGCCCUGGGGCCUGCGGGAGCUGUCAGGGGCUGAGGACUGGGAGAAGGCGAGCGACAGUGAGCGGGACAACGCCAAUAACAACAGCAGCGGCGGCGCCACCACCGCCACCGGGUGGACGCUGCGAAGGACUCUGAACUCACUGGGCGCGACGGCCGCGGAGACAACGAUGAGAGAGGUGGCGUUGCCCAGCAAGGAGAAGGACUCCGCAGGCAGCCGGAUGGCGCAAAUUCAAGGUUUUUUUCGCCAGUUGUUCCCCUUCUUCCAGGACCGUUGAGGGCGACGUAGAGGAGAGUGCAGAGGGACGCGCCACUGUGGCGAGGCCUCGGUCCUCCCUUGUCCCAGAUUCCACUGAAGGGGCUAUGCGGCCGAGUGCGCUGGCCUGCAAUGAGCAGACUACAUCCGGUCUGUCUCAGGUACCUGUCACAAAUCUCCUGCAGUCACUGGCCAGGAGACAUGGAGACCAGGCGUCCUCUCACACCCCUCCCCCCACCCCAAGAAAGAGAGAGCAAAGACCAAGCUGUCCUGGAGCCCAGUCCCAAAAGGAGCUGGAGUUAGGGGCAGGAUCGUGGUCCUGCUUGGGAGAGGGAAAGUUAAGCUUCCAGUAGCCAUUUCUGAUCUGGCAGAAGUUUUGGUUUAUUGCUAGAAGAAUAAGUUAAGACUGUAAACCACUGAUGCAGAGUGAGCGCCUAACUGCAGGCUUGACUUGGCUACUAAGGGGUCACUUUGUGCUGCCAGAGUCAGCCCCUGGCUCCCUGUUCCUGAGACAACCAGACCUUACUGGUACUUUUUCAAAUGUAUCGCGGAUGACUUCUUAAGCAUAUUAAAGUGGAAUUGUUUUCCUUUCACAUGA